CCCUCACAUUCAUUCCCUCCCUUCCCUCACAUUCAUACCCUCUGCCCUCCCAUUCAUUCCCUCCCUUCCCGCCCAUUCAUUCCCUCUGUCCUCACCUUCGUUCCCUUCUUACAUCACAUUCAUUCCCUCUGCCGUGCCAUUCGUUGCCUCCCUUCCCUUCCCGCCCAUUCAUUCCCUCUGUCCUCACCUUCGUUCCCUCCUUACAUCACAUUCAUUCCCUCUGCCGUGCCAUUCGUUGCCUCCCUUCCCGCCCAUUCAUUCCCUCUGUCCUCACCUUCGUUCCCUCCUUACAUCACAUUCAUUCCCUCUGCCGUGCCAUUCGUUGCCUACCUUCCCUCACAUUCAUUCCCUCCGUUCCCUCACAUUCAUUCCCUCUGCCCUCACAUUCAUCCCCUCCCUUCCCUCACAUUCAUUUUCUAUCCGAUCUCACCUCCCCUCCAUAUGUAGAACCACCCUACUUUCCCUCCUCUGACCUCACCUCCUUUUCCCUCCCCCGAUGA